CACAAUCAUCCACUUCGAGUCAUUCGACCUGCAGGUGCGCCAAGGGCAGGAAAUCUACUGGUUGUCGCUCUGUGACCAGCAUCAUCAUGGUCGACGUGACACUACCACCUGAUCUAGACCCCUCCAAUACCUCCUCCCCAAAUGCCGGUCAAACUCCCACCUCCCCGGCCCAGGCAGGUCGCAAGAGGAAAGCCACCUCGAGCUCCCGCGGUGUCGCCAGUCUGACCCCAGAUCAACUGGCCAAAAAGCGCGCCAACGAUCGUGAAGCCCAACGUGCCAUUCGUGAACGCACCAAGCAGCAAAUCGAGUCGUUGGAGCGUAGAAUUCAAGAGUUGACUUCACAACAACCAUACCAAGAGCUUCAGGUGGUCAUUCGUCAGAAAGAUGCCAUACAAGCGGAAAAUGAUGAGAUUCGGAGACGCUUGGCUUCCAUCAUGUCUAUCCUUCAGCCGAUCGUGGGUGCUCAAGGCUUGACAGAUCUCGCCACUGCUGCUCAGCACAAUGUCCAAGCCGGCCUCGACCAACAGGAAAACGCAUUUGGCAAUAAUGCAGUUGUGUCAACAGAUGCCUAUCUACCAGACCCAUCGAACGGCUCCUACUCAAAUCCAUUUGGUGCGGUAGAUUCCGGGGACAAUAGACAAUGGCAAGCGUCACGAGACGCCCUCUCACAUCAGAGAGACAAUCUCCAACGAGGACUCGAGUUGAACGAGUCGGGAGAACGAUUAUCAUUCAACUUCCUCCUCGACAACCUCGGACAGCGCCCUUCAAACCUCCCUCCCACUGGCCCUCCCUCCGUAACAUCCCCAUCCCGCCGCUCCGUGUAUCCCAACAUCUCACCCAACCUCUCCGAACACACCAACACACCAUGGCUCUCCCUUCCCAAGAACAUCCCGCCAACUUGUCCUCUCGACGGCCUCCUCCUCAACUUCCUCCAUUCCCGCCGAGGCGAUCCCAGCACCAACGACGCCUCCAGCCCGUCAUUCAACCCCUCCUACCCAUCGGUCUCGUCCCUCCUCAACCCCAGCGCCAACCACACCCACAACCUCGACCCGCUCUCUCAACUGAUGACCGACAUCAUCAGUAAAUUCCCCAACAUCGCCAACCUCCCCGAACAAAUCGCCGUGUUGUUCUGUAUGUUCAUGCAAAUGCGAUGGCAAAUCAAUCCUACACCAGAGAACUACGUACGUGUGCCCGAAUGGAUGCGACCCACUGCCGCUCAAAUCUUCACCCCCCAUCCCGCCUGGAUCGAACAUAUUCCCUGGCCACGCAUGCGCGAUAAGUUAGUCGCCAAUCAUCAGGAUUACAGUUUCGAAAACUGGUUUAUUCCCUACACUUCGGAUUUGAAUGUCAAUUGGCCAUAUGAUCAGGUCGAUUGUUUGAUUUCCACGGCCGAGGAUAAAGAUCCAGUCAUCAAUCCGGUGUUUGAACGUCAUAUUCGGAGGUUGGAGAAUUGGUCCCUGGGUCCGGUUUUUGCGGAGGCGUUUCCAGCACUUGUUGACACCACGAGGAUUAAGCCGGCGGUUCAGAAUGCGGGUUCCACCCCGGCGGCGGCGAAUAAGGCGAGGAAAUCGAAUAGUUUGUCUUCGGCUGGUUGAUAGAACGGAACGGAAUGGGAUGGGCUGGGUUGGUCCGGCAUGGCAUGGCAUUUGUAUCGGAGACAGCGGUUUUGGUUAGGUGGUAGCUGCGCACUGGAUGUGGUUGUGUUCGUGGCGCUACUGGGUGGUUUUGCGAGUUAAUGAAGCGGGCCUCUUCAUUGGUCAUUCAUUGGUCAUGGUCAUGGGUCAAGCAUGAUCUGGAGUUGGUUGGUGCAGACUUGGCUUGCUACUCUAAUGAGGGCCCAAGUCUGGGUCUUGUGUACACUAGACGUUGCAAGCAGGAAUGGUGGUUGAUUACGGAGAAAUGAAAGUGAUGCAGCUUAUGAGGCAUGGUAAUGUCAUUUUGGGGAGAAAGUGAGCCUAAGGCUUCUAUCAUUGCAUGAUGCUUGGACUAGUCAGUUCUCCUGCAGGAAGAAUUGCAGAGCCUACAGAGCCUAAUUGGUAUCACGACCUCGAGAUGGCUCAUCUUCCGUCUGUAACCUUAUGUCAUCUCUCA